AUGGCCACUCAAGCUUUAGCAUCUUGGGCAAUCAGCCUGAAUGCCUCAGCUAUCCCGCCGUCUGUCAAGAGCGCGGCAAUCCGUUCGCUCUACAACUACAUCGGGUGCACCAUCGGAGGGAGCAAGCACCCGACCGUGACCAAAGCUCACGAAGCAUUGUCGCCCUUCUUCGGUCGCGAGACAUCGUCCCUUCUCGGCCAUCAAGGAAAGUCACGAACGGAUGCGCAGCAUGCAGCGCUCCUCAACGGCAUAGCUUCUCACGUCCACGAUUACGACGACACGCAUCUGGCCACCAUCAUCCAUCCCACAGGCCCCAUCGCGUCCGCCGUGUUGGCCUAUGCCGAGUACCAAGGCGGCGUCUCCGGCGAAAGCAUUCUCUGCGCCCUGGUCGCCGGUAUCGAGACCAGCUGCAAGAUUGGCCUGGCUGUCUGGCCCGAGCAUUACGACAUCGGCUGGCACAUCACCUCGACCACCGGUAGUGUUGGUGCAGCCGUUGCUGUAGGCAAGCUGAUGAAUCUCUCCCAAGACCAAAUGCAACAAGCUAUUGGCACGGCCGCAGUGCAGGUGGUGGGGCUACGAGAGAUGUUCGGCAGUGACACCAAGUCUUUCCAUCCUGGUCGAGCGGCCCAGAGCGGGUUUCUGGCUGCACUUCUGGCCGAGAAGGGCUACACAAGCUCAGACAAGGCUUUGGAGGCGAAGCGAGGCUGGGCAAAUGUAGUUGCUGGUGGUGGAACCCCCAAACUGGACCAUUAUGUCUCCGAGCUUGGCCAUAAAUGGGAGAUUGAGGCAAACGCUUUCAAGCCCUUCCCCUGCGGCAUCGUGUGUCAUCCCGCCAUCGACGGCUGUAUUCAGCUCCACAAGGACAUGACAGACGGAGGCCGCAAGGCGCAAGACAUUCGAAAGGUGGAAGCCCGAGUGCAUCCAUUGGUCAUUGAAUUGACUUCGAAGCGCACGCCGAAAGACGGCCUUGAGGGAAAGUUCUCUGUAUUUCAUGGGGGUGCGGUCGGCUUGCUAUGUGGCAAAGCCGGUCCAGCGGAGUACGAUGACAAAGUCGUGACAGACUCGCGGGUGAUAGAACUGCGGGAUAAGAUCGACGCAACCUCCGACGAGAGCUUAGGUGCAGAUGAGACGUACCUGACGGUACACUUAGCGGACGGGAGCAAGAUCGAGAAGCAUGUCAAGCAUGCUGUUGGCUCCUUGGAAGUACCGAUGACCGACAACCAGCUGACCGAGAAGUUUGUUGACCAGGCUGCACUCGUUCUUGGUCCGAACGGCGCAAGAGCAGCAAGCGAUGCUGCUUGGCGGAUUGGUGAGGCUGACGACGUUGCGUCGGUAUUACGUGCGUUGUAG